AUGGAUCCCGAAUCCCGCGCCUCAAAAUGCUACCUCUCGCCAAUCAAUCUCGACGACGCGGACGAAUUCACCGAACUCCGUCGCCAACGCCUAAUCUGCGGCUGGGAAUCCGACCACCAAACAUUAGAAUCGUGGAAAUCCAAACGCGACCUAAAGAAACUCUUUUGGAUUACCGUCCCAGAUCUCGGACCUGGGCUUCGGGCCGGCCAUAUAUCCCUUGACAAAUCCUCCGCCCUCCUUGAGCCUGGUUUUCUACGCAAAAAUGAGAUCGAAUUAUCCCUCAGUUCCUUCUUCAUAUUGCCUGAAUACCGCGCCCUACGUCUUGGAAAACACGCUGUCAUGCUUUUGGAGAAGCUUGCGACUACAGAGCCGUAUGGGAGUCCGUGUUGUCGGUAUCUUACGCUGACGGCUUUGAGUAAGAAGUAUUUCUAUGAUGAGGAGUGGAGAGGAAUGUGGGAUAGAGUCGGGAUGCAGAUGCCGUCUUUUAGUAUUCAGGAGUGGUAUGAAAGGUUGGGAUAUGUUUCUUGGAAGGAGGAGCCCCUCUAUGAAGAGAGGACGAUGGAUGGGGAGAAGAUUGUGCUUUGGGAGGCUUUUAUGAAGAAGGAUCUUUGGGGUCUCUAA